AUGAUGGAAGAAGAAGAGGAUAAUGAAUUAAAUUUAAAUAUACCAGUUAUACCAUUACUCGAAGAUAUAGGUUGUGCAGUUUGUUUAAAUAUUAUUGAAAGUUGCUCUACUUUGGGAUGUGGACAUAACUUUUGUUUUGGGUGUGUUUCAGAAUGUGUAAAUAGAAAUCAUAAAUGUCCAUUAUGUAGCAAGCCUACAACUAAAGAAAAUAUAGUCAGAAACCAUCAAUUUGACAAGCUUAUAAAGAUUAUUAAAUUUGAAAAAGAAAAAUCCAAAGUAGUUUAUUAUGAAAAUUUAAUAAACAACAAUAAUAAUUCAGCCAAACAAAUAACAACAACAUCAAACACAGCAUCAAAAACCUCAGUAAUUAAUUUUAUAGAUGAUAGCCAACAAAAUAAUGAAUCCAACAACAAUAACUCACCAGUUCAAAAUAUAUUUAAAAAAUAUUUAAAAAACUCAUUGAUAUCAUUUGAAUCAUAUUAUCAAGAUUUAUCAAAACCAUUCAAUGAAAAUUUAAAGAAUUUAAGCAAUCAAACUGAAAAUACUAUUAAUACAAUAACUUCAACUGUGUCAUCCUCUGAAUUGAAUGCCCCGUUAGUAGAGCAAAUCAGAAGAGAACAUCAAAUUAAAGAAGAUAAGCUUCGUAAAGACUUUCAAGAAUCCACCAAAUAUUUAUUAUCGUCAUUGGAGGACUACUUGAAGAAAACUGCUGUUCCACCAUCAUUUAUAAACCUAUAUACAACCAUUUCUAUUCCUGAAAGAGAGUUAGCAUUUGACCAUAUUGCUUUAAAACCAACCAGUUUAUUACCAGAUAUCCGUGAGACACUCAUUAGACAUUUAAACAACCGUCAAGAAAAGUUCCACUUUGUUUCAUGGACAGAUGAUAGUCACUUUGUAGCAAUCAAACCAGACUCUUUAAAAAUUGAUGGACAAUCCAAUGAAAUCCCAUUAACCGACCCACUCAGACCUAUAUCGUUCUACAAUCUUCCACAAGGUUCAAAAAUUGUUCUUAGGGGUGGAAUAAAUUUACAAGGUGAUGCUCCUAAAGAAUGUUUUAGAUCAUUAUAUACCGCAGGCACCAACCAAGAAAUGGAUUAUUUCAGAUGCUCAACCUGUAAUUUAAAUUGGGUUUGUAAAAAUUGUUCAGAGUAUUGCCAUAAAGGCCAUGAAAUAUCAAUUCAUCUUCUUAACCAUAUUCCAACCUAUGGUUGUUGUUAUGAUAGUAAAUAUAAAGAUUGCAAAUUAAAAGUCAAGAAAUAAUAAUGUAGGGUGUCAUUUAGUAUAUAUAUACUAAUUUAAAAAUAAAGAUAAAGAUAUAGAAUCUUAUUAUUUUUUUGUAUUAUAAU